UUGGAGAGACAGUGUAAAGAGCUCCACGAUGAUAAGUGUGAGACCAAAGUGGAGAAUACCAGGCUGAAGCUCACAAACCAAGAGCUUCACAAGGAUGUGGAGAGAACGUCCCAGGAGUUAAUUGUUGCUCAACAACAGUUGCAGAUGUUGCAGGAUGAGGCAAAAAAACUGCAGGAAGAAAAGGAAAUAGAGGUUUACAGAGUGACAGAAGCUUUGCAGAGGGAGCAAUCAGGCCUUCUCAAGCAGCUGGAUUUUUUAAGAGAAAGGAACAAAUAUCUAAAAGAUGAACGCGACAUCUGUUUACAGAAAUGCAGGAAGAGUGUUCCAACCGCCAACAGAAAUCAAAGGUCAGGUUCAAUCAUCGGGAAAUAUGUGGAGGCCAAAGUUUCACUUAAGAGCCAGUCUUCAGAAGAAGAUGAUACAUUCAGCUUCUCAAGAAGAAAAGAUUCCUUUGGCUUGAAUGGGCAUAUUUCAUUAGAUUCUGACUCUACUAAUGAUGCACAACUAACUAAAAAAAAGCAUUUCCAAAGGAUAAUAUCAAUUGAAGAAGAUCCCUUGCCACAGCUUCUUGAUAGGCCUGGAGAUGGGCAGUUAGCUAAAUGGUCAGAAGAAGAGGAAAACGUAUCACCAGAAACAGAAAUGGGCAGAAUCCAAAUAAAAACAUCUUCUGACCCUUGCUCUCCCAGAGGACAGCCAGUGGGGACAGAAGCACUGUCAAAU